AUGUCUUCUUCUUCUUCAUGGAGAUACGAUGUAUUUCCGAGCUUCCGAGGCUCAGAUGUUCGUAGAGGGUUUCUCAGUCAUUUACAUAAUGACUUUGCAUUGAUGGGAAUCAAAACGUUCAACGAUCAGAAGAUGGAGAGAGGCCAUUCGCUAGAACGUUCACUCGACCUAGCGAUUAGAGAAUCGAGGGUCUUGAUGGUUUUGCUCUCCAAGAACUACGCUUCUUCUCUCUGGUGUUUAAAUGAGUUGGUUGAAAUCUUGGAAUGCAGAAAAAACAUGGUGCAGUGUGUACUACCGGUUUUUUACCAUGUUGAUCCGUCCGAUGUACGGAGCCAGAGCGGUGAUUUCGGAAACGGUUUCAAGAAAUCUUGCCAAGGGAAAAACGAGGAAGAGAAGCAGAUAUGGAGCAAAGCUUUGACCAAAGUCGCAAACAUAGCCGGGCUACACUGUGUAAAUUCGUAUGAUGACUCAGAAAUGAUCAAAAAGAUUGCUACAUACGUUCAUGAAGUAUUGGCAAAUGAAACAGUAAGUUCUUAUAAUAGCUGGUCGUUUUCUGUAAGUAAGCGAACCUUUAAAGGAAUGCGUAUGGUAGACCAAAGAAUGGUGAAGGAGAAGGUCAUUGUGCUGAGCUGGCGAACUGAAGAGGAAAAGAUUGCUUUUGUUAUGGAUGAUGAAGCAGAGAUGAUCCAAAAGAUUGCUACUGUUAGGGAUUAUAACGAGAUUUGUGACAUAUUGGCAAAUGAAACAGUAAGUUCUUACAAAAAGGGUAGAUUUUCUGUAAGUAAGCGAACCUUUAGAGGAAUGCGUAUGAUAGACCAACGAAUAGUGAUCAAGGAGAAGGUCAUUGUGCUGGCAUUAAAGUCGGUUAAACACGCAUAA